AACAAUCGCUUCAAGCAGCCCGUCAAGCAGUACUUCCUGCGCAUCUUUGUCACUGCCAUCGAACGCGCCGCCAAGAAGGACCCCAUCAUUCGCUUGGAUGCACAGACAAACCUCCCCGGCUUCCGGACGACGCAGUUUAGGGAUAUUCGGCGGACGCACCAUGAACUAGAGAAGCUGGCAGACCACCUCGUCAUACAGAACCCCGAGUGUAUGGUCCCCGCACUCUACCCGGCAGUCAGCUCAUUUGGCGCUGGCACGGAGGAAGAUGAGCGGCGCUACAAGCUCAAUGUACAGCACUGGCUCAAUCUUAUUUGCAGUAAUUUGGUACUCAUUCGAGACUCGGAGGUGGUCCAUUUCAUCGAGGCAGAUUUUGGCUGGUCACCCGUCAUGAACAAGGGUAAGCCAGCGACGGGAAUCAAGCGUAGAGCCAUCAAGCAAUUACAACCUCCGCCAGACGACUGUCAUGAACUAGCCAAUGCGCGUCCACUUGCAAAGCAAUUCUACCUACUAGCGCAGGACUCUGGAAGCAAAUUGAAAGCCGUCAUCAAGUCAAGACGCCACCUAUCCUUGGCCGAGCAAGAUUUCGGUCAGCUCGUUGGACAUUUGGCUGUGGGAGAGACACAUUCUGGUAUGGCAAAUGCCUUUUUGAAGCUUGGCAGAGUCCUCCAAGCUGUGAGCGACGCGCAUUCUGCCCAUGCAACACUCGAGGCGGGUACCCUGGGUGACGCCUUGUUCUACCAUGCAUCCGACGCGUACGUCGUCAAAGAGACCCUCACCACACGGCACUUUUUGAUCCGCGAACUCAAUCAGGCGCAGAAUGCAUCCAUCACCAAGACUGCUAAUAUGUCACGCAUGAAGUCGUCGGCAAGUAUUGCGUCCUCGAAAGUAGACGAAGCACUUGCAAGUCUGGAAGAAGCAAAAGCACUUGAACAAAGUCUGACGGCCAAAUUGAAUCGUGUCACGGGCAACCUUCUACAAGAGAACAGGCGCUGGCAGACACGUACAUCCACUGAGCUCAAGGUUGCAAUGCAGGAGUAUGUUCGGAAACAGAUUGAAUCGGAGAGACGCAUUCUGGCGGUGUUUGAGAGUUGCAGGCCAGAUAUACGGUCUAUUGACCAAUCUGGUGGGCUCAGCAGACUAGGCCGGGAAAAAUUCCAACGCUUGAGCAGUCAGGGUCCCAGUCAAACAGCCGAGGGCGAUGCCUGGAGUGGUGUCAAACGG